UAGAACGAGAUAUACGCACAGAAAUAUCACUGACGUGUCCCCGUAAAGAAGCGCUUCUUCAGCGAUUCAUGAUCAUUCUUUAUUCGUAUAAAAUUACGAGAACUUACGACGACAGUAAUCAGUGUAGUUGUAUCAAAUAUAAGAGUGACUUGUAUAAAAAGAAAAAAACAAUUAAAAGAUUAAAUUAUGGCGGCGAUAUUCAAUACUUUCGUUAAUUCAUUCAGCAACAGAUUGGAUGAACCUGUCAGAAAACAUUUAAAAAAUGUUUACGGUUGUUUGUCCAUGUCAACGGUAUCAGCAGCUGUAGGAGCUUACGUGCAUAUGUACACGCAAAUCUUACAAGCUAAUUUACUUACCAGUUUGGCUACCAUUGGUUUAUUAUUCGCAUUGAUUAGUGUACCGGACAAUGGAAAAAAUCAUAAACUACGUCUUGGCUAUUUAUUGGGAUUUGCAUUUCUAUCUGGAUUAGGACUUGGACCUUUACUUGAAAUGGUCAUCAAUAUUGAUCCUUCCAUCGUAGUCACCGCUUUACUUGGUACCACCCUUUUGUUUGUAUCGUUCAGUAUUUCUGCACUUUUGUCUGAACGAGGACAUUGGUUAUAUCUAGGCGGUAUAAUAUUCAGCAUGCUAAAUAUUAUGGUUAUGACAUUCUUCGUCAAUAUCUUCUUACAAUCUCAGUUUAUUUACCAAGCUCAUCUUUAUAUUGGAUUUUUCUUAAUGUGCGCUUUCAUCAUUUAUGAUACGCAAUUGAUCAUUGAGAAACAUCACAUGGGUAACAAAGAUUUCAUAGCGCAUUCUUUGGAUUUAUUCAUGGAUUUCAUCAGCGUAUUCCGUCACUUGCUUGUGAUUUUAGCGCAAAAGGAAAUUUCUAAAGAACAACAGCGUAAACGUAAAGAUUAAAAAAAAAAAAAAACAAUAAAAAAAAAAAAA